UACACAAACCGAUUAAUCAUAACCACCAAAGUUGUUAAAGCGAUUAGACUUACGUUCGGCAAUUUUUCAUUUGUUUUUGAUGUUUUAAGUAUUUUAAAAUAACGUAGUGCAGUGUAGAAAUGACCAGUGAUUAUAAAAAUGAAAAAAUCUCGUGCAGAGAAAAUUAUAGAACAGAUCAACUCCACAAACGCUAAGCGCAUAGCUUUCAUCUUGGUCAUAGGAUUCGCCUGUUAUCAUGAGUUGUUGCAUCUCAACUAUGGAAGUAAUUCCUGCACUUGGUUGCUUUCUGAUGGAAGGUACAAAGGUGAUCAAGAGUGGCAACCCUAUGGUUGCAUGCUUCAUCAUUAUUCAAAAAUUGACACAAGAAGAUGUUUCCGUUACUUAGCAUUUUAUGGCAAAGAAUCUCAUUUUGUGUUUAUUGGAGACUCCAGAAUAAGAGAUUUAUAUGCUAGUUUUGUAAAACACUUGCAUCAGGAUGAAGAUGCAACAGUCACUCCUAUUGAUGCCAAGUCAGAUCUUGUCCACACUGAAAACAAGCUUAAAAUUCGUGUGGAAUACAUACACAGCCAAAAUGUGUCAAGUGAAAUGGUAGAUCACUUUGUAAAGUGGUCUCAGGAUGGAGCUCCACCUUCAGUUAUAGUUGCAGGUUGUGGACUGUGGUCUAUAAAGGGUUCAAAUGCAUCUCAAAAUGCAAUACAAGACUACAGUUUGAAUCUCACUAAGUUAAUGCUUCCUAUUGAUAAUUUGCAUGAGAAAAAGACAAGAGUGCUCUGGGCUCUGCAAGAACCAGUAAACUCUGAAAAGUUGAGUUCUGAUUUUCAGAUGGUGACAAAUGAACAAAUUGAUCUGUACAAUAAGGCUGCCAUUGAGGUUUUGUCAUCAACAAAAACAGAAUUAUGGUGGACAGCCCGGUUAGUGGCACAAGGAAUGGUCUCUGAAAGUCCAGAUGGCAUGCACUUGGCACCUAAACCUUUACAGCAUAACACCCAAAUAUUACUGAAUAUGUAUUGCAAUGAUUACAUGAACUUCAAUGAUGGAUCAUGUUGCAGCUCCGCGGAAACAUACACAACAUUACAAGUACUUACAUUCGUUAUCAUGGGAUUAUGUACAGCGGUGUACAUUUUAAUUUUUCUAUACCGCUUAGUUCUAAAAUGGCGUGGAAAUCCAAUAAGAGAAUAUUCCCUCCUGACUGAUGCAGAACCGUCGCCUGAACACACGACGUUUAUUUCUGCACCGGGCGACAUGCACACCCUCUUUAGAUCACUGAGCAUUAUGUCGGUGAUUAUGGCCUAUUUCUUCAUCUGUGACCGAACAAAUUUUUUCAUGAAGGAAAACAAAUACUACUCAGAGUUUAGCUUUUGGCUACCCAUCGGUUACGUCUUUACACUGGGCCUAUUUUUCACCGAAGAUAGUAAAUUUACCAAAGUACUGCAUCGUGAUCAGAUCGACGAGUGGAAGGGAUGGAUGCAACUCGUGAUACUUGUCUACCAAGUAACCGGCGCAAGUCAAAUCCUCCUUAUCAACAUGCAUAUAAAAGUGUUGAUUUCUGCGUAUCUUUUCUUACUCGGUUAUCAACACUUUGUUUACGUUUUUCAACGGGGAGAUAUCACCUUAGUCAGCUUAUUUAAAAAUCUCUUUCAGUUAAACUUCAUGACUAUCACGUUGUGCUUGUGCAUGAACCGACCGUACCAGUUCUACUAUUUCGUGCCGUUGUUGUCGUUUUGGUAUCUUAUGUGCUACACGAUGUUGGUCCUACCGCCGUUGAUCACCGCGCAAAACUCUGAAAGUAAUAUUGCACAUUAUUUUUAUUUAGUUAUUAAAUUUAUCGGGAUGUUCAGCGUUAUAACGAUUUUAUUUAUAUCGGAAGUGUUCUUCGAGAAAGUGUUCGUGACGCGGCCGUGGAAAGCACUUUUUGUGACAAUUGACGAUGAUAUUCACGAAUGGUGGUCGCGAUGGAAGCUGGAUAGAUAUUCAUCGUUAUACGGUAUGUUAUUCGGUGCCAUUCUGUUGAUAUCUCAACGUUAUAGCCUGUUUGACGACAACAAUCAUAGCAACUUGUUUUCGCGUGGCAUUGCGUUAAGUGCAACACUCGCGAGUAUUGUAGGCUUGGGCGCGUACGUUACUUUUACGUUCUUAUGCCGUAACGAGUUGGAUUGCAGCGAAAUUCAUUCGUAUAUUGUUUGCCUGCCGAUAUUGGCGUACAUCGUAUUGCGAAACAUAUCGGGUGUCCUACGGACGCGCUAUUCUAGUUUGUUCGCGUGGUUCGGUGAUAUUUCGCUGGAGCUCUUUAUCAGUCAAUAUCAUAUUUGGCUGGCUGCCGACACGCACGGGGUGUUGGUGCUUAUUCCGGGAUAUCCCAUGUUAAAUAUUAUAAUUACCUCUUUUAUUUUCGUGUGUGCCUCGCACGAAGUUAAUCGAAUUACCAAAGUUCUCUUGCCCUAUGCAAUUCCGGCCGAUUUUAAGGCGGCACUCAGAAAUUUCGUCUUUUUCCUCGGCAUCCUUGUACCAAUUGGGAUUAAGGAUGGAAUGUUUUGAUAAAUGUGUGAUACCAUCAAUGACUCAUAAGUUUGUUUAUUUACUUUGUAGCAAAAUUACAAUAGUAUUGUCAAUAUCAAA